CUCAACCUCAGUCUUUCCUGACAGCUCCUCACCCCUCCAUCUCUUAUUUUCCAAUAAUACCGUCUCCAAGCGUGGGGAAACUUUUCUUCGUGUUUCUAAAAAAGGAAGCCCAGAGAUCCCUCUGCAUCGCCGCUCCCCGCCCCACCCCCAAAGCCGUCUCUCAUCAUUUAAGACUGUCUCUGGACAGACCCAGCGGGUAAAGGUCACAGGAGGCAACCCUCUGCUUGAGUCCUGGGGGUGCUGGCAAUAACAGCUGUCCCCGGAGGAUGUGGAAGGAGGGAGGGAAAGAUGUUGGGGUGCAAGGGGAUCUUAAGGACAUGCUGGAGCAUCUUCCCAGUCUGGGGUGGUGGAGGCUGCGCCCCGGUUGAAGUGUGCGGAGCUGUCCGUUCAGCACCACCGCGCAGUGCCAGGGCUCAGGGCCGAUCCAGGGCGCAUAGGCUCCGCUCCCGCCCCCGCUCCGCGGGCGCCUGCAGCGUGGGCUCUCGCCUCUCUGGGCGGGUGAGGGGCGUGCGGAUCGGGCGAGGGGGGCUCCACGAGCAUCCGGGCCACGCAGCCACCUGUGAGCCUCUAGCAGCUGCGGGCGGCGGCGGCUUGCGGAGCCCAGACUGGAGGAGAUUCGCGGCGGACCCCGCCCGCCAGCCAGGCGCACACACAGGCGCACACAUCCUCGCACCCGCGCGCACCCGCGCAGCCAGCCAGCAGCGGCCACCACGGCGAUGCUCGCCAGCAGGUCCGGGAAGUUUCCCGCCGGCCUCGGCCGCGGGCGCCGAUGCUCCCAGGUGUAGCGCCCCCGCGCGGCGCCGGUGGCUGGGCAUCUUCAGCAUGACUGGCCAGAGCCUAUGGGACGUGUCCGAGGCCAACGUCGAGGAUGGAGAGAUCCGGAUCAACGUGGGCGGUUUCAAGAGACGGCUGCGUUCCCACACCCUGCUGCGCUUCCCAGAGACGCGCCUGGGCCGCCUGCUCCUGUGCCACUCACGCGAGGCCAUUCUGGAACUCUGUGAUGACUAUGACGACGUCCAGCGUGAGUUCUACUUCGACCGUAAUCCGGAGCUCUUCCCCUACGUGCUUCAUUUCUACCACACUGGCAAGCUUCAUGUCAUGGCUGAGCUGUGCGUCUUCUCCUUCAGCCAGGAGAUCGAGUACUGGGGCAUCAACGAGUUCUUCAUUGACUCCUGCUGUAGCUACAGCUAUCACGGCCGCAAAGUGGAGCCUGAGCAAGAGAAGUGGGACGAACAGAGCGACCAGGAGAGCACCACAUCCUCCUUCGAUGAGAUUCUGGCGUUCUAUAAUGAUGCCUCCAAGUUCGACGGGCAACCCCUGGGCAACUUCCGCAGGCAGCUGUGGCUGGCAUUGGACAACCCAGGCUACUCAGUCCUGAGCAGGGUCUUCAGUGUCCUGUCAAUCUUGGUGGUGUUGGGAUCCAUCAUCACUAUGUGCCUCAAUAGCCUGCCAGACUUCCAAAUCCCUGACAGCCAGGGCAACCCUGGCGAAGACCCCAGGUUUGAAAUCGUGGAGCACUUUGGCAUUGCCUGGUUCACAUUUGAAUUGGUGGCCAGGUUUGCUGUGGCUCCUGAAUUUCUCAAGUUCUUCAAGAAUGCCCUAAACCUUAUUGACCUCAUGUCCAUUGUCCCCUUUUACAUCACCCUAGUGGUGAACUUGGUGGUGGAGAGUUCUCCUACGUUGGCCAACUUGGGCAGAGUGGCUCAGGUCCUGAGGCUGAUGCGGAUCUUUCGCAUCCUAAAGCUGGCCAGACACUCCACUGGCCUCCGCUCUUUGGGAGCCACCCUGAAAUACAGCUACAAGGAAGUAGGGCUGCUGUUGCUCUACCUUUCUGUGGGGAUUUCCAUCUUCUCUGUGGUGGCCUAUACCAUUGAAAAGGAGGAGAAUGAGGGCCUGGCCACCAUCCCUGCCUGCUGGUGGUGGGCCACUGUCAGUAUGACCACUGUUGGUUAUGGGGAUGUGGUCCCAGGGACCACAGCAGGGAAGCUGACUGCCUCUGCCUGCAUCUUGGCGGGUAUCCUGGUGGUGGUACUGCCCAUCACCUUGAUCUUCAAUAAGUUCUCCCACUUCUAUCGUCGCCAAAAGCAACUUGAGAGUGCUAUGCGUAGCUGCGACUUUGGAGAUGGAAUGAAGGAGGUCCCUUCUGUCAAUUUAAGGGACUACUAUGCUCAUAAAGUUAAGUCCCUCAUGGCGAGCCUGACGAACAUGAGCGGGAGCUCACCAAGUGAACUAAGCUUAGAUGAUUCUCUACACUAGUUGGGAAGGUUUGUUAUCCUCAAACCUACAUUGCUGAGCUGCCUCUUGUGUCUCUGGCACAGUAUGGGCACCUUAGGGUUUUGGCAUAAGGAGUCUGUCCAAACCCAGAAGGAGAGCUGCAUGGGAUAUGCACCCCAGGUUGCUUUAGCAGUAUUUAGAGUCAUUUUUUAGAGGAUGGUGUGUCUGACACCAUGCCUUUGCACCUUUCAGUGAAAUGAUACUCACUGGUCUUUGCAUCGUGGGCAUAAAACGUUCAUCUUUCUGCCAGAUUGAGUACCCAGAAUGCUAAUUUCUCUGUACACUGUGUACAAUAGUCUAGUGCUUGUACCCUGGUAUUAUCUGUGAGUUGAGUUAUUUGUGAUCCUGUU